UUAAACAAAGUCCUCCUAGAUUUGAAGGCAUCUGAAGAAAAUUCUGGUCUUCAAUCCGUUCUUUCGAUCACUCGGUGCGAUUUAUGGCGUCUGGUUCAGCAGGUCGCUCCAAUUCCGCCCCCAAAGCUUUCGAUUUUGGUUCCGAUGAUAUCCUGUGUUCAUACGAGGACUACGGUAAACAAGACACUUCGAACGGUAGCCACAGCGAUCCCGUCUCCGUUACCAAUUCUAGCAAGGAUUUUCAUAAAGUUAGAAUGUCUACUGCAUUCCCUGCUGCUGCUUCAUAUGGUCAACCAGAUGAUUCCAUCACUCAAGAUGUGGUUUCUGCUGUAGAGAACAGCAUGAAAAAGCAUUCUGAUAAUCUUUUGCGUUUUCUCGAGGGAAUAAGUUCGCGUUUAUCACAACUUGAACUGUAUUGCUAUAACCUCGAUAAAUCUGUUGGAGAAAUGCGUUCUGAUGUAGCUCGUGACCAUGAAGAGGUGGAUUCGAAGCUUAAAUCUCUUGAGAAGCAUCUACAAGAGGUCCACAGGUCUGUACAGAUUAUAAGAGACAAGCAAGAGCUGGCAGAGACUCAAAAAGACCUAGCCAAACUUCAGGUCUCACAGAAAGAGCCAUCUUCAUCAAGCCAUUCGCAAUCGAACGAGGAGAGAGCUUCAUCCGUAGCUUCUGAUCCUAAAAAGAAUGAAAAUCUAUCCGAGAUUCACGGCCAGCAAUUAGCUUUGGCCUUGCCACAUCAGAUUGUCCCACAGCAAAAUCCUAUUGCACCCGCUUCAGCGACUUUGCCUCCGAACGUGCCUCAACAGCAACCGUAUUACAUCUCUCCGACCCAAUUGUCUGGUCAACCACCCCAUAUCCAGCAUGCUCCGGGCCAAUAUAUCUCACCCGAUCCCCAACACCGGGCAUUGCAACCUCAAGAUGUUUCGACCAAUCCCCAACUAAGUCAAUCUCCGCCACAACCAUUCAAUCAAUAUCACCAACAAUGGGCGCAGGUGCCAUCGCAGCAGCCACAACCACCACAGCAGUCUUCUAUGCAACCUCAGAUCCGACCACCCCCUACUUCAGGCUACCCUUAUCCACCGAAUCAACCGAGUUCUGUGCCAGAGACUCUGUCAAGCACCAUGUCUUUCGCAUCUAUUCCUAAUCCGGGUUCGAGUCGCCCGGACCCGGUGCCUUAUGGAUAUGCAGCUGCAAGUGGUGGUUCUUCUCCACAGCAACCUCCUCAAGUAAAAAACACUUAUGGACCAGCGACAGGUGAGGGAUAUUUGCCCCCUGGACAACCAGCAUAUAUGAUGUAUGACAGGGAAAGUGGAAGACCGCCGCACCAUCCGCCUCAACAACCGCACUUCAACCAAAGUGGAUAUCCUCCGGCCGAUGCACCCCAUCAGAUUCCUCAGGCUGCUACAGUCCCUCCCGUUUCAUCCAGGAACCCGAGCCAUUCACAUUUGAUUGAGAAACUGGUCGGCAUGGGGUUCAGGGGCGACCAUGUUGCCAGUAUAAUUCAGCGAAUGGAGGACCGUGGCGAACCUGUUGACUUCAACGGAGUUCUAGACAGGUUGAGUUCUUCUGCAAGUCCAGGUCCACAAAGAGCGUGGUGAGAGUAAUUUAAUCAUCGUCUGUUUGCAGUCGAUACUGGCCAUGACCAGCCUCGUAUAUUGUUCUGGUUUGUGAGAAACCUUGUGUGAAUAUCUUCUACCUGCAUUUUCAAAAUUUUCAAUAUGAUUCCCUCUGGAUGUUUACUUGAACGUUUAGCUGUUAUCAUCAUUUUUUACUGCCAAGUUUUCCGAUUUUGCUUA